AUGGCUCUGGGCGAAGAUGAUGUGCUAUCACUGCCUUUCAGUAAAUUCGUGUAUAUAGUAGCAGGAUUACCGUUCUCGGCUCUAGUCAUUUGCCUUUUUUUUUCAUAUCUGUUACACUUUGAGGAAGCUACUAGUACUCACUGUGGAGUUCAAAAUUGGCUGCCUUCAAUAUCAGCAGCAGUUUCAUCUUAUGCACCUGAGAUGUACAUUUGGCGUCUUCUCAUAGCUAUUCAUGGAGGACCACGAUUAAUUCUUGCCUUUGCUUAUAGGAACUAUCUUCAGUUUUCACCCCUCAGGCCCCACGGUAAGGCCAGACUUUUCUAUUGGGGAUGCCGCUUAUCGUGCUGGCUCAACAUAGUGGAGAAUUUGUUUCUUUUGGGUUUAACAUCUAUAUCUUCGACUGAGAAUCAUGGGAUACAUAAAGGUUGCUUUGUUGGCUUUGCCAUUUCAGCGACAUUGUAUAUGAUAUUGAGCUCUUGGCUUUUCCAUGUUUCAGGACGACGAAGAGCAACGGAAGAGGGUGAACGUUCGUACGAAUAUAAAAUUCUUGCCUGUGGUAGCUCUGUUACAUCGAUUAUCGUUGCGAUGUAUUUUUAUUGGCGACAUAAUACCUAUUGUGAGACUGGUGUUUAUAGUCUUUUCGCUUUAUCUGAAUAUGCGAUUGUUCUUUCCAACAUUAUAUUUCACUCAACAGCAUAUUAUGACUUUUAUGGUAAACGAGUAGCACUUUGCUCUCUGGGAGGAGGAUAUGGUUACCAAGCUUUACCAAUGCAUAUGGAAAAGGAUAUCUAA